CUCACAAUAAUUUCAUUUAAUUUAACGUGUAGCAUCGCAUGGAGGAAAAUUAUGAUCACUUAGAAAAGCGGAAUGGAAGUUAAGACUUCUGAGGGGAGUUUGCUGCAAAGGCGAGGAUAAAUACUAGCCUAUUCGGUUCUGGUGAAAAUACAUUUUAGGCUACUUGCUUUUUUCGGGUCUCGAACGUGCAUGUAAAAAUCUCCACAGUUAUUGGAACCAUUUGCUCGUUAUUUUUUAUUAUAAGUAGGCUAUUAGUAGUGCAUACUAUCGUGUCUUGUGCUUACCUGCAGUGAAACGGGCGUAGAUUGUUGGGACAAAAAGCUUUUAAUGUCGUUUGCACGGGUGUAGUAAUAAUAAUAUAGUCAAAUAACACACUCCGUGGCAAAUGAUAGACAAGUGAGGGAGGGAAAAAACGCUGUGAGCUCGUGGAGCAGUUUGCAGUGUGUUUCACGCACUCCCUCCCAGGCACGGAGAGAUGACAUCGCCGUCAGAUACGUCACGACGGAUCAAACAGCUACCGUUUGAUGCAACUCGGAUGCUUGGAAUCUGUGGCCAACUCGUCUGUCGCUUACUCUUCAUCGUCUCCGCUUACAUACCCAGCUACCGGAACCGAAUUUGCCUCCCCGUAUUUUCCCACGAACCACCAGUACACGCCCUUACACCACCAGUCCUUCCACUACGAGUUCCAGCACAGCCACCCGGCCGUGAACCCGGACGCGUACUCGUUAAACUCUCUCCAUCACUCACAGCAGUAUUACCAGCAGCUGCAUCACGGCGAACCGGCGGACUUCAUCAACCUUCACAACGCCCGCGCGCUCAAGUCCUCGUGCCUGGACGAACAGCGGCGGGAACUGGGCUGUCUGGACGCGUACCGCAGGCAUGACCUGUCAAUCAUGAGCCACGGCUCUCAGUACGGCAUGCACCCCGAGCAAAGACUGCUGCCCGGGGCGGGUCUAGGGCUGCCUCCACCGGGGGCCGAUGACCUACAGGGAUCUGUUGAUGGUCAGUGCGGACUUGUGUUAAAUGGCCAAGGAGGAGUGAUCCGGAGAGGUGGCACGUGUGUAGUGAAUCCUACAGACCUGUUCUGCUCUGUACCAGGAAGACUUUCUCUUCUCAGCUCUACCUCAAAGUACAAGGUCACCAUCGCUGAAGUCAAACGCCGCCUGUCUCCUCCAGAGUGUCUCAAUGCCUCGCUACUCGGUGGCAUUUUAAGAAGGGCCAAGUCAAAGAACGGUGGUCGCUGCCUCAGGGAGAAACUGGACAGGUUGGGACUCAAUCUCCCAGCAGGCCGCAGGAAAGCAGCCAACGUCACGCUGUUGACCUCUUUAGUGGAAGGGGAAGCGCUACAUCUGGCUCGGGACUUUGGUUACACCUGUGAGACAGAGUUUCCCACCAAAGCGGUCGGGGAGCAUCUGGCACGCCAGCACACGGAACCAAAGGAACAGAACGCGCGCAAGAAAAUGGUGCUGGCCACCAAGCAGAUCUGUAAGGAAUUUCAGGAUUUGUUGAGUCAAGAUCGAUCUCCACUCGGUUCCUCUAGACCAACACCUAUUCUGGACUUGGACAUUCAGAGACAUCUAACACACUUCAGUCUAAUCACGCAUGGAUUCGGUACGCCGGCGAUUUGCGCGGCUCUUAGCACCUUUCAAACGAUCCUCAGCGAAAUGCUUAAUUACCUGGAGAAACACUCGGCCAAUAAGAGCGCAGGAACGCCAGACACCAGCCAGAUCAACUCCAACUCGGACAAAACACUGCGCAAAACCAGCGAGGCACAGACGAAGGACGGUAAAAUCGAGAAAACUGAAUGACUCUGACGCAAGAGUGGCUGCUUUCCCAAUUCCUGAUCUGAGCCCUGAUGGGCGGGCCUUGUUCAGGGCGUGGCUACUUGGGGCGGGGUUACAGGGAUUUUAUUCCAUAUUCUUUUAUUUAUAUAACUGGCAUAACUUCCUACGACCUCAGCUUUCCCUGUAUGUACAAACCAGUCAUUUCAUUCUCACUACGCAAAAAACACGAACCAUUUUCAUUAUUUUAUAAGUUAUUGAAUAAGUUAUUUUGCCUAAAGUUUGUCUGUAUGUAAUUAAUGAUUUUAAAGUUGCAAUAUCUUUUAUUAAAAGACUCACAUUCCAUUUCUGCCAAGACCUAAUUUGAGGUCAGUUUGAGACUGUAAAUUAUGACCGGCAACUUUCCCUGUUGCGUUAGUUACUGUAUAUUGUGCAUGUUAAACUUUGUACACCAUCUGAAACGGACAUUCCCCACUGUUGUUCCAGAACACAAACUCUUGACUGCAUUUGUAAAAAAAGUUAUAUAUAAAUAUAUAAAUUCAAUCUUUUCUUGUAGGCUUUGAACUACAUAUAUGAAAUAACCCUACAUGCAAACUACUGGUGUUCAAUAAAGCAUAUUGCUCAAAGUCUUAUAUUAA